AAACACUUCUCCAAUUAGAAAUUGCGGUGGAAUGAAUAACAAUACAAAAAGUCGGAAGAGUUUAAGUUCUUCCAUUCCGCAUUUUUUGCGCUUGCCGCCUUUUUCAAUUUUAUUGGACCAGUUGCUUUGCUUAUACUCAGAAUAACUUAGGUAUAAUUAGCUCUUAUAAUCUCAUCCGCAGGAUCUGUAAGUUUAAUUAUUGGCGAAUAAAGGUGAUACAAGUUAACGACUCCUAUCAACUUCCUCGCCUUUAUCUUCUACCCGUCUACAAGCCCGAAAAUUUCUACUGGUGAAAUUCAAGGAUGGAUUCAGUCGUUGCAAUGGAUAUUGAUGAACUUCAAAACAAAGCAGAAAAAUCUUCAAACUCGAAAUCUACUCACGUACCUUGGAUUGAGAAGUACAGACCUAAAGUUUUCACUGAUAUAAUGGGUAAUGAAGAAACAAUCAGCAGACUGGAAGUAUUUGCACAGCAUGGAAAUGUUCCAAACAUCAUCAUUGCUGGGCCUCCUGGUGUGGGAAAAACAACCACAAUUUUGUGCCUUGCACGUGCGCUGCUGGGAGCCAGCUACAGGGAAGCCGUGCUGGAGCUGAAUGCUUCUAAUGAGCGUGGUAUUGAUGUCAUCAGAAACAAAGUAAAAAUGUUUGCACAGCAGAAAGUUACCCUUCCAAAGGGACGGCACAAGAUAAUCAUUCUUGACGAGGCUGACAGCAUGACUGACGGCGCACAGCAAGCACUACGUCGCACUAUGGAGCUCUACUCCAACACAACACGCUUUGCUCUUGCCUGCAACACCUCUGAGAAAAUUAUUGAGCCCAUACAGUCUAGAUGUGCCAUGUUACGAUACUCGAAACUAAGUGAUGCUCAGAUAUUGGCUAAGCUGCUUCACGUUUGUGAACUGGAAGGCCUGAGCUACACAGACGAGGGCCUGGAGGCCGUUGUGUUCACCGCUCAGGGGGACAUGCGGCAGGCACUCAACAACCUGCAGAGCACCGCUCAGGGCUUCAACCAUGUCUCUUCCGAGAACGUCUUCAAGGUGUGCGACGAGCCUCAUCCUGUUAUAGUGAAGGAAAUGAUCUUGCAUUGUGUCAACUCUGAGUAUGAAAAGGCUUAUGAGAUACUCUCACACCUGUGGCGGUUAGGAUACGCUUGCGAAGACAUCAUUGGCAACAUAUUUCGUGUGUGCAAGAAUACCAGCAUGCCGGAGUACCUCAAACUCGAGUUCAUCAAGGAGAUCGGGUACUGCCACCUGCGCCUGGUUCAGGGCGUGGGGUCCCUGCUGCAGCUAUCUGCCCUCUUGGCUACGCUUUGCUCCGUAGCGUUGCCGCCCCAACCCUCAUCUAGUUGAGGUCAUCUCACCGCCAACUCGUCGCCUCUCAAUUUUUAAUCAUCGCCUAAAUUUACCUUUGAAGGAUUGCAGAGGUCACAUUUGCUCAGGACUCGAUUUUAAUGUAUACAAAUUUGUUCGUUGAAGGUAUUAGAUUUUUAUUUCUUCACUAAUUGGGUGACCAAACCUAUACAUUCUCUCAUGUUAUCAAGAUUUAUAGAUCACCAGAAGUUUAGCAACUUUCGUAAGUAUUAGGUCUUCUCAUAUAUUUUCUAUCAGUACCUAUUGCAACAAUUACACAAUUUAAAAGAAAAAAACUAUAUGACCUAUCCGUCAGCAAUUGACUGUAUCACAAAUCACGUUCUAAACACAGUCCAGGAUAAGCAUGAAAAUCGCACAAUGGACAAUUUAAUCACAAGUUAGUGUUCAAUUACAAUUAAAAUGAUCAGAGUUUUUCCAAUGAAGUCUGAAUGUUUUCUGCUCGCGUGCGUGAUUGGUGACGCGAAAUAUUGAGACAAUGAGACAUUUUUUAGUAGUAACUAGUAGAGUAAUUAAGUUGCUAUCAAACGACUUGGUAAGCGUGCGUGCGGGCAAUACAAGCCAUGCUCCAUGACUCAUUUAUUUCUUACCUUAUCGUUUUAGCUUUUUUUUCAUAUUCUGAUUAGCUUUAAACUUUUCAUCCCAAAAUUACAUGAAAGUAGUAUACAUGGCAGUAUGUAAAAAGGUAAGAUGAUGGCGAAACCAUCCGCUCUAAGAAUAAUAAAACGCUCGCGUGGCAUCAAGGUUUACCUUGGAACUGUGAAAACUUCAAAUGAACCAGGUUAUCAUCGUCACGCUCAUCUACUUAAGCGCCGCAAAAGCAUUCUCACGUUGAAUGCAUGUUUAUAUUACCUACAAUCAACUGAUAGUACGUCCUUUCACAAAUGCAAUCAGUAUCGCGAGAUUAAUGUUGCCUGCUGGACAACUUGUAGGUUAUGACGUCUUGUCAACUAAAUCGGCUGCAUAGCACAUUUUAAUUUAUAACAAGCUGCGCUACCCAUUAAAAUGAUCACUUUA